AUGGACAACACAGGCAAGAUCACCAUUUCUAUCGACCGAGGGGGCACGUUCACAGAUGUACAUGCCAUCGUGCCUGGUCGUUCUGAUAUCAUCUUGAAGUUGCUCUCGGUCGACCCAUCUCACUACCAAGAUGCCCCAACGGAGGGGAUUCGGCAGAUUCUAGAGCUCGCUACCGGCAAGCCACACCCCCGUGGCCAGCCAUUGAAGCUCGACCGCAUUGGCUGCCUUCGCAUGGGCACAACUGUUGCUACAAAUGCUUUACUGGAGCGCAAGGGUGCCCGAUCAGUGCUAUUCACGACAAAGGGCUUCCGUGAUCUUCUCAAAAUUGGAGACCAAUCUCGCCCAGCGAUCUUUGACCUAUCCAUGACACGCCCCGGUGUGCUGCCCGAAGGUGUUGUCGAAGUGAAUGAGCGAGUGGUACCCUGUCACUCUGCAGCUGACGACAAAUGUUUUCCCGACGCUCGAUUGGUCCAAGGUGUGACUGGUGAGAAGUUUCGGGUCGUCCAAGAAUUGGAUCUUGAUCAUGUACGGGCCGAGCUGCAACGUCUCAAGGAGCAGGGUUAUCAAUCUCUCUCAGUAGCUCUGGUACACUCCUAUGCAUAUCCGGACCACGAGAACCAGAUCGCCGAAAUUGCGGAGCAGAUGGGAUUCUCUGUUACCCUCAGCUCCAAGCUCCAGCCCAUGAUUAAGGUGGUGCCACGAGGAAUGUCAGCUGCAGCUGAUGCCUACCUUACCCCUGUGAUCAAGACUUAUAUCGACUCUAUCUCUGCCAGCUUCGAAGGCGGCCUCGGCAGCAACCAGUCUUGUCGCUUCGAGUUCAUGCAGUCUGAUGGAGGUUUGGUCGAUUUUCGCAAAUUCAGCGGGCUGAAGGCUAUUCUGUCUGGGCCUGCUGCCGGGGUAGUGGGAUUCGCAGCGACGAGCUGGGAUCCCGUUGAGAAAAUUCCCGUCAUUGGUUUUGACAUGGGUGGCACAUCUACUGACGUCUCACGCUAUGAUGGACACCUGGAGCAUGUAUUUGGGUCCAAGGUUGCGGGAAUCAUGAUCCAGUCACCGCAACUGGACAUCAACACGGUGGCGGCUGGUGGCGGCUCGAUAUUGACAUACCGCAAUGGGCUCUUCUACGUUGGUCCAGAGCCCUGCGUGCUACAGGAAAGGAGGGCCCCUUACUGUGACCGAUGCCAACCUUUUUUGGGUCGAUUAUUGCCCGAAUAUUUCCCUCAUAUCUUCGGUCCCAACGAGGACGAACCGCUCGACACGGAAAUCACUGCGAGGAAGUUCCAUGAGCUUACCACGGAAAUCAAUGAAGAGCGUCGGCAGAGGUCACAGUCCGAGUAUUCGGCCGAGGAUGUCGCGCUAGGAUUCUUGAAGGUCGCUGACGAGUCAAUGGCCCGACCCAUUCGCAAUCUCACCGAGGCUCGCGGAUUUGAGACCGCAUCGCAUCAUUUGGCUUGCUUUGGAGGCGCUGGAGGUCAGCAUGCUUGCUCUGUGGCUGAGUCUCUUGGAAUUUCGCGCAUCAUCAUUCACAAGUACUCCUCAGUCUUGUCCGCUUAUGGUCUGGCGCUUGCAGAGGUGGUCAAGGAGUCUCAAGAGCCGGUAUCGUCGGACUAUCUUGCUUCUCAGAGCUCCCUUCUUCAGCGGUUCGAGAAUAUGGCCGCGGCCGCCACGAAAGAAAUGCAGGGUCAAGGAUUCGAGCCGAACCAGGUGCGACAUGAACAAUAUCUCAACAUGCGCUAUGAAGGAUCAGAUACUAGCCUGAUGGUCUUACGGCCAAAGGAUACUUCUGAUUUCCUUGCUGAAUUCCGUGAGCGUCAUCGACGAGAAUUCAAUUUCAACUCCGAUCGGCCUGUGUUAGUGGACGAUAUUCGUGUGCGAUCCAUCGCCUCGUCGAAAGUUCGUACUGAGCGCAGUCCUAUAUUACAGCUCAAUGAUGCCACUCUUCGCAACGUGACAUCAGCGCCUGCAGGCACAACUUCGGCGUACUUCGAUGGCCAUAGUGCGCGAGUUGAUACUCCGGUCUAUCUGCUUAAUCAGCUGGAACGACACACUCGUAUUGAAGGCCCUGCUAUGAUUAUUGAUAAAACGCAAACGAUUGUUGUCGCUCCCAAGGCGGUAGCCAAUAUACUUGAGACUUGUAUUGUCAUCGAUAUACUGGAAGAUAGACAAACAAGCUUAAUCCCAGCAGCUCAACAAGCAGCCGAUGUCGACCCAAUCAAGCUGAGCAUCUUCGGACACAGAUUCAUGUCCAUCGCCGAGCAAAUGGGACGGACACUUCAGAAGACAUCCGUGUCAACUAAUAUCAAGGAGCGUCUGGAUUUCUCGUGCGCUCUUUUCUCGCCAGACGGAGGAUUGGUUGCCAAUGCGCCUCAUGUUCCCGUGCACCUGGGCUCCAUGCAGUUUGCUGUCCGAUAUCAACAUCAGAAAUGGCUGGGGAAUCUUAAGGACGGAGAUGUUCUUGUCGCGAACCAUCCCAGUUGUGGUGGCACCCACCUCCCGGAUAUCACGGUAAUCACGCCCGUCUUCGACAGGCCAGGCGGCAGUGAGAUCAUCUUCUACGUCGCCUCACGAGGACACCAUGCGGACAUUGGUGGAAUUUUGCCAGGAUCCAUGCCACCUAAAUCCACCGAACUAUGGCAGGAAGGCGCUGCGAUUGAGGGCGACAAGAUCGUUAGCAACGGAGUGCUUGACGAGGCUCGUCUGAUUGAACUCCUAGUCACCAAGCCUUCGCAAUACCCUGGUUGCUCUGGAGCUCGAUGCAUCAGCGAUAAUUUGUCUGAUCUCAAGGCGCAGAUCGCGGCGAACACGCGAGGUAUCAAUUUGAUUCAGACCCUGAUCAACGAGUACGGCGUGACCACGGUUCAAAAGUACAUGUAUGCCAUACAGGCUACUGCCGAGACUGCCGUUCGUAAUUUGUUGAAGGGUCUGCAUCGAAAGUUUGGGGGAAAGCCUCUCGAAGCGGUUGACUACAUGGACGACGGCACUCCCAUCUGUCUCAAAGUCACCAUUGACGGAUCUUCAGGAUCUGCAAUCUUCGAUUUUGCGGGCACAGGCCCCGAGGUCUACGGCAGUUGGAAUGCGCCGAUUGCCAUCACCCAUUCAGCCAUCAUCUAUUGCCUCCGCUGCAUGAUCAACGCCGAUGUUCCGCUCAAUCAGGGGUGCCUGGCUCCGAUCGACAUUCGAGUCCCGUCUCCUAGCAUCCUCUCUCCAACAAAGACGGCAGCAGUUGUUGGAGGCAACGUGGUUACAUCCCAACGUGUGACCGACGUUGUAUUCAAGGCGUUCCGAGCCUGUGCUGCAUCCCAGGGUUGCUGCAAUAAUCUGACCUUCGGUACCGACGCCAAGAUCGAUGCCGAAACUGGAAAAGUCAUCACGCCGGGCUUUGGUUACUACGAGACCAUCGCCGGUGGUGGUGGUGCAGGAAGUACUUGGAACGGCCAGAGUGGUGUGCAGGUUCACAUGACCAACACUCGCAUCACAGAUCCCGAAAUCCUGGAAAAGCGCUACCCUACAUUGCUUCGACAAUUCACCCUUCGUAACGGCUCGGGCGGUCGUGGCAAGAAUCCUGGCGGAGAGGGAGUCAUUCGUGAUAUUGAGUUCCUCGCUCCCAUGCAAUGCUCCAUCUUGUCUGAGCGCCGCGUGCACCGUCCCUAUGGGUUGGAAGGUGGUGAAGAUGCCCAGUCGGGCCUCAAUAUGUGGAUCACCAAGGACACACAGAGUGGAGAGCAACGCUGUAUCAAUAUCGGGGGCAAGAAUACAGUUUCUGUUCAAACGCACGAUCGAGUGGUCAUCAUGACCGCUGGUGGUGGCGGCUGGGGCUUGCAAGAUGUCGCUUGUUGA